AUGUGGGAAGCGGAGCUUGGUCCCAGGCACCGCCCGCAGAACAGAAGGCAAAGCCAUCUGGGGUCUAGGACCGGCUUGGGAAUCCUGCACUACGCAGCCGCAGCUUUCCAGGGACCAGCCCUGGAAAAUGCCGAGGGCGGUCAGAGCGCUUUGAAAAGGGCUGAGGGCCGCGUCUUGGGGAGACCGUGGGAAAGUCUCAGGAGAAGUCACCGCCCGGCCUCUUCCCGGCUCGCCUCCAACCUCGGCAGCUGCGCCACCUGUCCUCCCGCCCACGCGCCUACUGAUGCGGGCCGCCUCAGGCAGCUCCUGCACUGCGCAGGCGCGAGGGCUGGGGGCGGGGCGAGCGCACAGUCCGGCGGGAAAGAACUGCCCGGCGUGGGCGCUCUACCGGUCGAAGCUCUAGCUGAGGAGGAGUUUGUGACCAGCUGGCAGUCCUGAGAGCUGUAGCCGCUCUCCUUACGCUCUCCUUACGGAAUGGGAAGGACGGCUUUGGCUGUCUGCGAGAUUUUAAGAUAUUUAAUAAUUUACUGGAAGUGUGCAGCAGGAAUACCAAAGAGAGCAUUGCUAGAUGGGCAGCUAGUGAUAUCCAUAGAAGCAUUACGUUCUAAGCACCUGCCAAAUUCUCUGCAUUGUAUAAUAACUAUUACUUCAAUGGGAAGUGUUUAUGGUGGCUUUGAAUUCAAGAAGUUUCUACAAGAAAUAGAACCUGUACUGCCCGGACUCUCUGCAAAGCUGACUCUGGCUUCAGAGGAGGAGGGUCUUUCUCAAGAUACAUCAGGCAUAUCACCCUGCCAGAUGACUUUUGAGGUUGAUGAAAAUCCUCGAAGUUUUAUGACAGACUGUCUGGUUAUAAAGCAGUUUUUACGAAAAAUCAUCAUAGUUCAUCACAAGCUCAAGUUUAAUUUCAGUGUAUCGGUGAAUGGGAUCUUCUCUGCAGAGAUCUUUGGAGCAGAAAAUGAACCUACUUUGAGAAUGUGCAAUGGAAUCACUCUAGUUGUGGGCUUUCAGCGCUAUGUGAGUGAACCAGAAUGUAAUUGGAGUGAACAACACUGCAGCAGGAUCCACCCUGUGUUAGGACAUCCAGCACCACUGUCCAUCCCUGAUGCCAAGGCUGACAUGGGCCUGUUGGGAGAGCUGACACUGACUCCAGCUGCUGCUCUGUGUCCCAACCCCAAGGGCGUCUCCAGCCAAGUGAACAGGAUUUCUUCAGUUUCCAUAUUUCUAUAUGGACCUUUGGGUCUGCCUCUGCUAUCAUCAGUUCAAGAGCAGCCAAGUACCACUGUCUUCAGAGAUACGUCUUAUUUCAUUGACUGGAAGAAACACAAUUUGUUUAUGGUGCCCAAUUUGGAUCUCAAUUUGGAUACACAGUUUGUGCUUCCAGAUGUGAAUUAUAAAGUGGAGCUGCCUGAGGAGACUCAGUCUCAGAAUAUGGAUGCACAGGGACCAGCUCUGCUACUUUUCCUAUUUGUGGAUUUCCAAAGUGGCAUCCCAGUACAACAAGUGGAAAUCUGGGGACUCCAUACUUUGCUCACAACUCAUCUCAGCACCAUCCUCUCAGAGAGCCGCAGCACAGUUCAAGAUUCCAUCCAGUCAGCUGUGGACCAGGUCUUGGAGCUGUACCACCAAGUUGCCAAGACUCAUCAGAGCCUUCAGGCCUCCCUCUCUGUGGCUGUGAAUUCCAUCAUGAGUGUGCUGACUGGAAGCACCUGCAGCAGCUUCAGGAAGACAUGCCUCCAGGCUCUUGAGGCAGCAGACACACAGGAAUUUGGUACCAAACUGCACAAAAUAUUUUAUGAUAUCACCCAGCACCAAUGUCUGAACCACUGCUCCUGUGACACAGAGCAGCACCUGACUACAGAGAAAAAUAGUUCAGCACAGAACACUGAAGACCAACACAAGAAUAUUGGUCCGGAGUUGCAUGCAGAAUCCAGAGGGCAAGCAGAAAACAAGAGGCUCAAGAGGAACAGCCCCAACCAGGGCAGGGAAGAAUCGCGAGCUCUGGGCCCAGCCAAGGACCUGGGCCCGCCAGAAUCAGCCACGCGCGACCGCGAGCCCACCGAGGCCUCCUUCACUGCUGGAGGAUCGCAGACCCAAGCAGCCCACCGUAGGGUCCAGGCGGCAGACGCAGCGAGCCCUCCCGGCGGCCUGGAGGUACCGCAGCGAGCGCAGGCCGGGAGCGGGCCUAAGCUACCGCCGCCGGGUCCUCACCACCGCCUCCUCAGGACUUGUGGCUACAGGAGGUCUCCAAUCUGUCCGAGUGGCUGA